UGUACCUUGUGUCAGUCAGUCAUCCGCCACUAAACAAACCUUACGGACAUCUUGAAGUAAAGGUAUGUGGUCAACUUUUUUUGUGCUAAAAUUUUGUAGCACAACAUAAACAUAAAACAGUACUUGCUGUGCAAACUGUGGAAUGCCGGUGAAAUAAAAUGCUCAAAGUCGUCGUCCAAUCAGAUAACUUUGGUGAAAGUACUUAAAAAGUAAGAGAUGGGUCACGAAAAAUGGCAUUUUAAUUUCAGCGCGGUCCAAAGGCACAUAGCUCCUGGGUAAACAAGUCUUUUUUUUACUAAGUCACAUUUUGAAUAGGAUCAAAAUUGCUUAGUUCCCUCAAUCAAAUACGAUUUCAUUCAUAACCUUUAUUAGUUAACAAUUUUUUUCUGCUUUUUUUUUUUUUUUUUUUUUACAUUUUUUUAACAAUUCUGGACUGUUCAUAUCUUUGUAAGUUGGUAAACUUACAAAAUCAGCAGGGGAUCAAAAACAUAUUUUUCCAGUGUAAAUCCUGUACAUACGUACACACAUGUAUACACAUACAGACGUUGUAUUGCAUGUGAGGCUGUGUGCAUUCUGUGUGCGUGUUGUGACAGAUGUGAUGUUGUGAUUGGGAUAUGAACAUAGACACACAUAUUGACAGUGAUAGAGUACAUCAGGGGUGCCCACACUUUUUCAGCCUGCGAGCUACUUUUAAAAUUAUUUUAAAGAUCUACCCCCUACUACAAACAUAGACAAUAUAUACAUUUGGUAUAUUUAUAAAUUUGAGUAUUUAUGUACAUUGCUCAUGUAUAUCAGGGGUGCACACACAUGAAAAUUACAAGUCAAAAUUAUGUCCCUCUUAAUAUAAAACAUAACACAUAUAUCAAAUCUAACCGGUAUACUUUGAAACUACAAUACUGAAUACUAAUGAUUAGUAUUUCACAUUCACAAUUUCAUGGGUUUUAUUUGUAGUUAAGAUUUUUCAUGUUGAAGACAUUUCUGAAACAACUGGGAUAUUACAAUGCAAACAGCUGGAUGUUGAUGUUUUGAUAUGUGUUUAUACACUGAGAGGUAAAUAUCUUAAAAAAAUAAAAAAAAAUGCAAUUAUUACCACAAUAACCUUCCACAAUAUAAAUAAUCAGAACAACUUGAAAUCAGAUUGGAAAUUGCAGCAAUAUAAAAGUCAUGGUACAAACACACACACACACACACACAUACAGUAUAUUAGUGCAUGGAUGCAUCAGCUCAGCUUUAGGAUAUGCACGUUUUCUAUGAAUGGGCAGCAGCUCCCAGCUUUUACAACAGGGGGGAAACAAGGGGGUGGGCUGACAAGAAUCUCUCAGCCCCUCCUCGCCAUGCUCCUCUCUCACAACAGUGAGCACAGCAGAGGGUGAAGGGAGAAGACAAAGAGAAGUGGAGACAGCUUUCGCUCCAGUCUGGAUUUACCACACCAUUGUGGAUUUUUAUUUAGCAGAUUUUUCUCUGUUAGACUUCCAUCAUCCCUCUGUUCAGCUGUAGUCGUGUCACAUAGCAACACAUUUUCUUCCCGGCGGUUAAAAGCAGUGUUUUUCAACACGAUCCUGGCGCAAACCGGAUGGGUAGAUCUUGAAGUGAGGAGCUUAUGUGGGUUUCCCAUGGAUGUUUUGUUGUUCUCGCUCUCUCUUGGCUGGCUUUCUUUUGUAUUAGCACGCCCUCCCACCUUCCCUUCUUCCCUCGCUUGGCUGCACAGGCUUUUCUGGGAUUCAUCGGCUUUCCCUUCCCAGAGACCCAACAGCGUCAUACCCCAACUUUGCCCUCCUGUUUGGGGAGAGAACUUACAAAUCUGAUGGAAAAACAACUUUUUUAACCACGCCAAUAUCUUGUUUCUUAUAUUUGUGACAGUAGAGGCAUUGGCUGUGCAAUCAAUACAUUUUUGCUGACCUGAGAAGACACUGUGGAUAUACUCCCUGCUUCAAUCUGCCUCUCUGAAUCAAUGAUUCUUUUGCUUGUGUUAACAGUGACAUGAUGACGGCUGGCAAAACCUGGAGUGUAAUUUUAUUUUUUUUCCCCACAACACGACGCUGGGUUGAUUUUCAUUUCUUGAUUUAAGCCGCUAGCGCUGCAGAAUGGAAUUCACGUGAUGUGUUGCAGACAGAAAGCCUUUGGUCUGUUCUUUGGCUCAGAUAUUCCACUUGCUUGUUUUGACUCAGCCUUGUAGAUACAAUUACCACCUGUUUGUUAUCUGCCACCCGGCGUGGUGAGGAUGAAGAAGACACACAGCAGCACACUGAGGCGGGCAUGGCCCAGCUCUGACCUGUCAGAACGGCUGUUGCCACUGGCAGCCUGUGCAGAGCCUCACAGGAACCGACGCUCUCAUAGCGAGAAGGACUACAGAAUCCACAAACACAGAAAGAAGAACCACUAUCCCGCACCCUAUCUGUGUCAGAGUCCGCCUGCUUAUAUUCACACAGGUGAUGUGUCGCCCAUCAGUAUGUCCCCUAUCAGCCAAUCGCAGUUCAUCCCCCUGGGAGAAGUACUGCUAUUGGCUAUCUCUGCUAUGAACUCUACCCAUAAGCCUGUCACCCAGGAGGCCCUAACUGAACAUCUGCAGACAUGUUUUCCAGGUGUGCCCACCCCAACAGAGGAGGUCCUGCACCACACGCUCAACAUGUUGGUCCGUGAACGCAAAAUCUACCCAACAACUGAUGGAUAUUUUGUUGUAACUCCUCAAACUUACUUCAUCACUCCAAGCCUAAUACGAACCAGCUCCAAGUGGUACCACUUAGAUGAGCGAUCCGCCGACCGCCACCAACAGCAACAACAUCAGAAUCCUCAGCAGAAUCAGCAGACACAGUGCACCUCCCCACUCUCUGGCACCAUCACACCAUCCACCUCUGGUGGCGUACGAGAUAGAACGCACCCAAAAUCCAAUCAGAACCACAGUGGGGGUGGUGGAGUCGUGGAUUCCUUUCACAAUAACACCUAUCGUGGAGACGACCCCCCUAGUCAUCACAACACUCUGCAACACAGAUCCUCCAAAGACCCCCGGGAAGCAUAUUCGUCUCCACAUUCUCCACAGUCACCUCCUCAGCUAGCAGGAGGCACCACAGAAAAAAGCCGCAACACCCUCGGGUUCCCCUUCAAGACGGACACGCUCACAAAGCAUCGUGGAGGAGGAGGAGGAGGGGGUGGAGGUGGGACUGCUGAGCUAGAGAAGCAACCGGGAAGUGGUACAGCGAGUCGGAAGUUUGGUUUGAAGCUGUUCCGUCUUAGCUUUAAGAAAGACAAGGCCAAGCAGUUGGCUACCUUCUCUGCGCAGUUCCCCCCUGAGGAGUGGCCUCUCCGCGAUGAGGAGUCACCCAGUCAGCUUCCACGUCAUAUAGAGAUGGAGAUUAUCCGCAGAAUCAACCCUGAUCUUACAGUAGAGAACCUUGCUCGGCACACAGCGGUCAUGAAGCGUCUUGAAGAAGAGCGUGCUCAGAGGAGCAAAGCGUCAUCAGCCAAUCACAGCUCAAGAAGCAGAAGAAGCGGAGGCAGACAUCGGAAGCCGUCCCAGACCAAACUUAGCCGCUCGCAUAGCAAGACAAGGGUGUCUCGUGGUGAGCAUAGCGAGAGUGCCCAUUUGGAACUCACUGACAAGGACUACAGAGCCUACUCGUCAUCACUGGCUCGGUCACCAAGGGAACAUGCCCUGGCCAUGGAGAGACAACGGACACGCCUUCAUCUGGCACACAGUAACCCCAACAUCCUUGACUCCUCCCAUUUACCUGUCACGCCGGAAUGGGACGUGUCUGGAGAGCUCGCCAAACGACGGACAGAAAUGCCUUUCCCUGAGCCAAGCCAUGGCCCAUCAGCAAACCACUCGAAAGUCCACCGCUCACACUCUCAUACGCAGGAGAGGAAGUCCCGGAAUGAACGCAGUGAUAAAGCCAAGGAACGUUCCAGAUCAAUGGAAAAUUCAAAAGGACCACUUGGAGCUGGCUUGAUUGGACCACCCAGUUACUAUGAUGAUCGAAGUCGUUAUUAUACCGAUGACGGAACCUUACGAGCCAACCAGAACUCUUGCCACUACCCUCAUGUCACUCCCCCCUUGGCUAAGAUGCCAGGGGAAUCACUAGGGUUAGAUGGUGGCAGAAGUUUAGAGAAAUGUAAGAGUCGGGACAGUCUGCCAGCAUACUCUCCUAAACCACAGCACAACUCUGUCCCUGCUGAUGGAUACUUCCAGUGCUCCGGUUCUUCUGAGGCUGUACUCAUGGCCCCAAGUCCACUGGGAACUCUUGGCAGAAGUAGCCAAGAUGGGUUAAAACUGGGCAGCGCUGACUGGCAAACAGAAAGACAGACACCACAUCCUCCAGACAAUAUGGAGGACUUGUCAAAAGCGGGACCUAAAGGUGGCAGCCUGCCUCCAAUACCUCUCUCAAUGCCAGAUCCCCCUGUUUCCAAUGGACGACCUCCCCACAGUGGUCAGGAAAAAUGUAAGGAGAUCUUUAGUAAAGACACACUUUUCAAACCCCCUCCAGGCCUUCCUUUGCCAGGAUAUAGCUCCCUGAGGAAACCCCCUGCCCUCACCUCCUCCAAUCUGUCUUCAUCCUGCGAUGCACUUGAUUCCCAGGAGGCCUAUGAUGCUCCCAAACCUCUGGUUGCGACACCUUCUGCUUCCAUACCGGGGAGUGAACCCACAACCAGUGCUGCAGAGGUCUCCUUUGACUAUUACAAUGUUUCAGAUGAUGAUGAACUUGAGGAGGGAGGAACAAAAAGCAGGGGAGAGGAUGGUAAGACUGGAGGAGGGGUUGUUGGAAGGGGAGGGGGUGGAGCAGGUACCAUGCAGUGGCUAUUGGAGAGAGAGAAGGAAAGGGAUCUACAGAGAAGGUUUGAAAGAACCCUCACGUUCCCUGGUGCUAAAGAGAACCUUCCAGAACCCGGUCAGAAUCAGCAAUCUGCCCACUCUGCCAGACUGGACAGUAUGGACUCAAGCUCGGUUACUGUUGACAGCGGAUUCAACUCACCAAGAACGAGGGAGAGCCUAGCAUCAAACACCUCCUCCAUAGUGGAGAGUAAUCGACGGCAGAAUUUGGCUCUCAGUCCCGGCCACCUCGGCAUUACAAACAGCAACGGUCCCCCUUUCUCAUUCCGCACUAUCCCUGAACCAGCUGGGAGCCAACCGGAGAAACUCCAAAAGCCCAACGCCUGCCUUGCAUCAAUCACCAGCGUCUAGUGGGGGGCAUAACGAAGGGCAAGUGGAAGUCACACCCCAAGGACUGUUAUACCUGCAGACUGUCACAUUGACUGAAUCAGUGGAGCUUGCCACAAGACCACUGUGGAACUACAGUUGUUAACACACACACACACACACACUCAAACAAACAUAGGGAUUUAGACCACCAUGAGACGGCUUAUAAACACACACAUUAACACCAUGCCACUGGACUGAUUGACCAUGUUAUUUCAUAGCCUCUAGUUUACACACCGCUGUUGUGUUCUGUCACUUGCGUGGGUUCUACUGUGCGCGUGCGUGUGUGUGUGUGUGCGCGUGUGAAUGCAUCAGAGUGUGAUUUGUGUAGGACAUGGUUGUGGAAUGGUAAUGUGUAAUCUCAGGUCAUUUUUCAUUCAUUUUCACUCCCAUUUCAGCUGCUCCGUAUGCGUGCAUCUUUCGCCAGCGGUGUGUUUCCACACUGAAUGAAGGGUCAGAAGCUCAGCUACUCUUAUUGAUACUACACACAUUCUCACUCAUCCACUUUCACUCGAUCAUGUCAUAUCAGUUUGCUGAAUAUCGGCAGAAUUGACCAAAAAUGUGAGCGGCACAGAUAUUAAUGCGUAGAACCGGUACACAGGUCUUUUUAGUAGAGGCGCAUAGAUUGAACGGCCAUCGUCCAGAAUUUGGGGGGGAACAUUUCAGCUUGAGCUGCCAUGACCCUGCUAAUUAGUCAGUGGUAGAACCAGAAGUCACACCCUGGCUUACAUUGGGCUUUCACAGUCAGACCAAUGCAAGUCUGAAACAUUAAGAGCUGUACUUUGAAUAUGAUGCAUUAGACCAGUGAAGUUGGCAAGAUUAGCUGCCUUUGCUCGUUCCUCGGUCAUGACCACCGCCAAAGCCAUUAAGAGAAAAGUUCACACCUCUGUGUCUUUUCACUUACACAUUUUUAGUUUGUUUGACUUUUUUUCAGCUUUUUUUUUCUAGUGUAAGAAACAUCCAUCAAAGGGAAUUUACAAAAACAUUUGAGGUCAGGUUUACAACAAAGAGGAAAACAAGGAGUAGCUCAACCUACUACAUACACUAACAGUCAAAUGUUUAGACACACCUUCUCAUUCAACAGCAUGGGUGGGUGUCUCCAAACAUUUGACUGGCGGUGUAUAGCGAACCAUAUCAGUGAACCAUAUCAGUCGAUGAACCAUUGACUUGCUGGUACGCACAUUGUCCUGCCACACUGUUUUCUUUUAUAAAUCACAACAUUGCCAUAAAAAGUAAUGCACUCUACUUUCAGGCAACUUUUAUAUGAGUCAAUUAAACCUCGGAUUACUGGCGGGUAGUGCGGUCCUGGAUUUGUGACAUUUUACACUGUUUUUUUAGUAGCUUGAUGCAGUACUGGUAAUAUCAGUCUGCUGAUACAGACUCGGGUUAAAAAAUCAAAAAUUCAUUUAUCAGCUACAGUGGAACCUUGGGUCGCGUCAUUAAUCCGUUCCAGAAGGUCUGAUUCUAACCGAAAUGUAUUCUAACCCAAUCAGUUUUUUGCAUAAUAAAUAAUGUAUAUCCGUAUAUUUGAAAACAUGGCAACACCACAAUUUCACUGAAGGUAAAAGUUACCUUAAAUGUUCAUUAAUCCCUUUCAUUUGUCAUUUAUGGGCAUUUAAAAUUGUUUUAUGCAUAUAAAAUUAUAAUUGUGAAACUAUAAAAACAUGUUUUGUGUUAACAUUUUUGCGACUUGUAGUGUAACUGUGUUAGUUAGCAAAGAACUCCAGACUCAACCGUUGAUGACAUCAUAGAUGGACGGUGGAACCGACUUUGGCUUCCUGUUUUCAUGUAGCAAGCUAAUGUGGAUGCCAACAAGCACAUUUAGUGAUAAAAAAUACAUCAAGAACACAUUUGGCCUUAAACAGUGUAUUUCCAGUAGAACACCACCAGACACGCGCCAUAUUGUACACUAACUGGAAAAUGUACGUAAAACCGAAGCAACAUUUUGACGUUAACCGAAAACACGCUAACCUUUGCAUACGCUAACCAAGGAUCCACUGGACUAAUAUUUAUUUGAUAUUACUUGGAAGGCAAUAUUCAUAUUCUUUUGCGAUAGCAUCUGGCCCUCACCGUGUCUGCUGAGAAGAAUUCUGUCUCUUGGACAAAUGCAGUUGAUGACCCGUUUGACCGCUAAACCCCCCACCCCAAACCGCCCUGAGUCGUCCUCGACGCUCCUUCUCAACUACCUCCACAACAGCAAAAACACGCCCAUCCCAUCAACGAUCACACUGUCGUGAGCUUCUGGCCUGUGAAUGUCUGCACAUACACUACACGAUCAUACAGUACACACUACACAUCCAAGUGCUGGACUCCCUUACCAUUUGUUCACCAUGGAUUCUAGCAUAGCUGCUAGUAAGUGCAAAAGCGCAUGGAAGAAUCUCUGACUCAUUGGAGAUAUAUCCGUAUGCUGUAAAAUUCUAUAGAAAGCUCUUUAGGACACCACACAAUGUAUUUUCUAUCAAAAAUGAUCUUAUGGUAUACUAAGGCUAAUCUGUAUCAGAGUACUCAUGUUUGUGUUACGAAAAUGCUUUGGUUUCAGUCCUUUGAAAAGAUUCUGCUUUUCCCAAAUACACACACUAAUAAGGCCUCCUCCAAACGGCACAGUUCUGUUUAGUAUGAUUCAACUUUUCAGGAAAGUAUAGUUUUGUUUUUGUUUUGUUUUUUGACAGAGAAUGGUGUUUCUGUCAGACAUGUUUAUUUUCUUUGAUGGAUACACAUGGUGUCACUUGUAUGCUAUCAAGCAGGGGUGUCCAAACUGCAGCCGGGGGGCAUUUGCGGCCCGCAGCACCUUCCAAAAAUAGAAUUUAACAAGAAAACUAAAAGAAACACAACAGCAAAAAUGGAAAAAUCAGCUAUGAGAAAAAAGUAAGGAAAAAGUUGUAUUUUUAUGAAAAUAAACUUGUUAUAUGAGGAUAAAUAAAUGUCAUUUUAGUAGCAUAAAGUUGAAAUAUUAAGGAAAAAAGACUAGUUAUAAUUUUUUGAAAAUUAUGUUGGGGAAAAGUUUAAAUGUGGGAAUAAAGUCUUAAUGUUAAAACAAUAUUACGAAAAUGUAUUAUGAACAUUUACAAGAAAAUAGUUGGAAAAUUAAAAAAAACAGCAGAAAUGGAAAUAAUUAUAGGACGAAUAAAGUCAAAUAUUCCAAGAAAAAAGUUAAAGUCAGAAAAAAAGUUUCAAUUUUACAAGAAUAAACUCAUCCUAUUACGAAAGGUAACAUUUUAGUAGCACCAUUGAAAUAUUAAAAGGUUAUUUUUUCAAAGUCGUACUAUUGUGACAAACCAACAGAUAGUAAUUUUUGGAAAAAGUUAUAAUAUUGUGCGAAUAAAGUCAAAAUAUAUUAACAAAAGAGAGAUUAUUUUGGAAGACAGUUGAAAUGGAAAAUUAAAAAAAUGGGGAAACAAACAGCAAAGACCAAAGUUCAUACUAAUAAUGCACUUUUACACCUAGCGUAUAUCACAAAGGGGAGAUGCAGUUUUUUCUUGACAUAUACAGUAUAUGUAACUUCUUAGCAUAUCUACAUUUGUUGCUUUCAAAAUAUCUAAGCGGCCCUUGCAUCCUUUCAUUUUUCAGUAUGUGGCCCUUGGUGGAAAACGUUUGGACACCCCUGCUACAAACUGAACAGUACUGCUUGGUGGUUUAAGACUCACUGCCAGUCACACUUUGAAACCUUUGUCUUCAGUACUUUAAUGGUAUAUAGUAGUUACAAAACAAGUAUGAGUAGGUCAACCCACUGCAUGUCUGGGUUCUACCAUAGUGAAUCAUAUGAAGAAUUAAUUUAGCCAUGACUGUUUCAUUUGAAUGAGCAGCUUUCAGUCCAUUGGACCCGUUUACUUGAUUUAUGGAUCCCAAUCUGAGCCGGUUCGUCAUCAUCCACUGGAUGCUGCUGCCUCAUGUUUGGAUUUAGCAUCUUUUUCAGGCCUGGUUGAAUUUAUUAUGCCGUUGCAGCUCACAUGAAAGUGUGAAAUUCAAGAUUACACUCUAUAUAUACACUUCUGCUCAGAAGUUGACAUACACUCAUCAUGGGAAUGAAUUUCAUAUCAAUUUUGAGCCCGUAAUGAUUUAUUUGACCCCUUAUUUUUCUGGGUUUUUCCAUAUUUACACAAAAUUGUACAUGCAGCGCUUCGCUUUUUCUUCACUUACAUUUUACAGGCGUAUUCCGAAAUUGAUUACAGUAACCUCUUGCCACUUUGCACUUCCAAUUUUGCGGCUUCACUCUCACAAAUAUACAGCAUAAAUAAAUCAUUACAUUGCAUAAAUUUAGUAAAAAAAAAAUGCAUAUUUAAGCAAAUUUCAUAUAUUUUUGCCUGAAUUAAAAAAAAUCAAGCAUAAAAAUGGUUAAAUGAAGUAGAAUACAAAUAUAAGGCAUUCAGAAGACACAUUCGAAGAUGUGCUACGUAGUCGUCUACACUGGUCGCUAGGUAUCGGGAUUGUUACAUUGAUGUGACCAUAGCCACAGCAGGAAGUACUGUACAGAACAGGAAGUAAAAGAACAAUGCUAAUGUGUGAGUCUAUAUCAUGUCUUAUAAGUCUUAUUUUUUCUUAUGUCUACUACAGUAUAUUGGGUAAUAGGAGUAUAAAGGUGAUAUCUAUCUCUAGACUCAUGUCUAGAGAGCUCUAAUGUUAAAAAAAAAACUUAUUUAGAAGGUUGUGAACAGGUUUUGUAUGCUAUAACUACGAAAAUAUUCAAUUUCUAACUAAGGAAUCCGACUUCGAUGAAAUUCACUUAUCACAGUAAGGUCUGGAAGCAAUUAACUGCGAUAAACGAGUGAUUACUGUACAUUAAUUUUUGUACAGACAACACCACAAUAUGACAACACUGGUUUUAGUAAUGUUUGUAAUAGUAUAAGUAAUAACAUCAGAAAUCGCAUUUGCAUAAGUAUUCACAGCCUUUGCGCUUUGAUGCACAGUACAGCCUCAAAUAUUUUUGAAUUAUGAUUCCACAAGCUUGGCACGCCUAUCUUUGGGCACUUUCACCUAUUUUCUGCACGUCUCAAGCUGCAUCGGGAUGGAAAGCAUCGGUGCACAGCCAUUUUCACAUCUUUUAGUUUGAAAUGAGCAAAGACAUUCAAGCCCAUGAGUGUAUGUAAACUUCUUUGGAAUGUAUCAGACAUGUCCAUUCUUCUAAAGCCCUGAUCACAAGCCAUUGAGUCCUUCCUACGUCAUUACUGUACAAUUGGGCUGGAGUCCCAAGUCUACCUCUCCAAACAGGAUGUGUAUCAGCUUACAUUAUCAGUUUGAACACAGUCGUGGUCGAGUGUUCUCCGACUGCUGUUUAUGGUGCUCACCCUUUUUGUUCUAAUUAGUCUGUAAGAUACCACCACUGUUGGAUUAACCACUGAGUUCAUGACUCCAAGGGGGUCUAUGCUCGAGCUACGAUGGAGGGCCUCAUGUCUAAUAUUUGCACUGCCCCGAUCCCCAACCAACCAACCGACCCACCCUCUGUCUGGCCUGCAGGUCAUCCAUCCACCUUAUUCCCCUCCAGUCAGCCAGCCACAGUCAUGUGACCUUCCAUCCCUUUUCUACACUGACAGUCCAAGAAAUGUCUUCCCUUAACAUCGGCAUUAGGUUGUGAAAGUAUGACAUUGCUUGAAACGGUGACAGUACGUCAUACCUGUAAAUGAUGUUUAUCUGCCAUGCCUAGUCAACUAAUUGCAACAAUAAAAAGAGGGAUUUUUGAAAAAAAUGUCUAUAAUAUCUGAAAGUCCCUUUGGUGUUAGUACUGUUGUUACCAUUGUUGUAGUGUAUGUGAUACCCUAUGGGGAUUGUGUUACUUUUUAAGAUAAUAAAAUCAUGUUUGGUUACGCUGUGUUGUGUGC